CUACACAUGAUUUAAGGAAGAAUUACCUUAUCGUUAUUUUAUGACAUUCGUUCGAUGAUUUGUGAACAUGACAUAAAUGAUUUAACAUAUGCCAACUCGUGCGGCAACUCAAUUGCGAUUAUAUUUAAUUGAUACAAGUUGAAUUAUACGGCCACGUGGCGUCAUGCCACCUCCACAUGUGUUACGUAAGUACUAUUCCAUCCUAUCUCCUCAUUUACACAUUGAUAACCAUCACAGGUUUCCUCUCUUCAGAGUGUUAGUAAUAUUUGACUUACUUUGCAAUCUAUCAAGUCUUGCUGGAUUUUUCACUGUGAAAUCCCCUCAGAAGGGUAAACAGACAUUUGCAUUCACAUUUAAAUGAGCAAACAAAAUUACGUACUCAAUAAAUGAGUCUUGGAGUUUUUCAGCAUUACGUUUGAACCCUUUGAUUAACGGCACUAUGGAGUUCUGAUGGCCUAUUGGUUUCUUUAAUUUCGCGGUGUCGUAAUAAUUCACUACAUAAAACGAGGUUAACGAAUAGUAAAUGAGUUUCAUGAGCAAGCUAAAGGGCAUUUGAUGAGUUUUAUAGUUAGCGAUCACAAAAGAACAAUCAGUAUUCAUUGCGAAGUGUAUGAUAUAUGCAUAUAAAAAACUACGACGCCAAGAAUGAUAAGUGUCUGAAAUAUGGACGCGAAGAAAAAACAGGUGUUAAGAAAUCCCAAGGAAACUGCAAAUAUACUGAAUUGGCUAUUUUUCGGAUGGACAUUGCCUAUUUUCCGAGAGGGAUACAAGCGGGACUUGCAAAUUGAAGAUUUGUACGACCCACUAAAGUCCAAUGAAUCGGAAAGCCUCGGCGACCGUCUCGAGAGAGAAUGGAAAAAGGAGUUGGCGAAAAGGCCCAAAAGUCAGCCAAGUCUGUUGCGGGCACUGAUCAGGAUAUUCUGGUUACCGUCCAUGAUCCAAGGAGUGGUAUUAUUAAUCCAGUUGAUGGUGCUGGAAAUUAUGCUGCGAGUAUGCCAAGGAUGGGUGAUCAGCUAUUUUGAUACGGAUCAAAAUUCCACCACGCCAAACCAGGCUCUGUUCAACAUUGGUAUCUUGAUUUUUGUCUCUGUCAGCAUCGUAUUUAUCGACCAUCACAACGAUUUGCGUGCCCAGGAAAUUGGCAUGUGCGUCAGGAUUGCUUGCUGCUCGAUGAUAUACCGAAAGGUUUUACGCCUUGAUCUAAGUACAACGAGGAAUGGAGCAACUGGAAAAGUGGCCAAUUUGAUAAGUAACGAUGUAGCUCGAUUCGACACGGUUUUGAUAUACCUCCACUUUAUUUGGAUCAUGCCGUUCCAGAUAUUAUUGAUAGGAUAUGUGAUGUGGGAGUCUGUGGGUUUUGCAACGUUGGUAGGAGUCGGAGUGAUGAUAACCCAAACUUUUCCUAUUCAAGGGUACUUAACUCGAGUUGCCGCCAAGUUGAGAUCAAGCAUCGCAGAAAGAACUGACGAAAGAGUACAAGUCAUGAGCGAAAUGAUUUCUGGAAUACAGGUAGUGAAGAUGUACUCAUGGGAGGAACCAUUCGAGUCGAUAGUAUCGAAGGUUAGAGCUAUGGAGAUGAAACUAAUCACUUAUUCAGCGUACCUGAGAGGAACGCAUCUCGGCAUGAUGAAUUUCUCUGGACGGGUAACAAUUUACGCGACAAUGGUCACUUUCGCACUGAUGGGAAAUUCUUUGACUGCAGAAGUAGUCUUUCCAGUGUCCAGUCUGUUUCACGCUCUGCAAAUGACGUGUGCUAUAUUGCUCCCGCAAGCAGUUAUCCAGGCGAGCGAAGCUGCUGUGUCUUUGAGAAGAGUAACGGAAUUUUUGUUGCUGGACGAAGUGAAGAAACUGAAACAUCUUGAACCCACGUCGAAAGAUGCGACGCGAGAAAAUGAAAAUCGUUCUGCAAAUGAUGUGUUGGAGAACGAAAAAGAAGAUGAACUGGAGCCGUCGCUGGGGAACAAAGACAGAGUACCAACAGAAAUCGACCGUCUCACAAACGAUGAGAUGCGUGACAUGGAAAACGAGAUAAGUGGAAAGUUUAAGCGUGGGAUUGAGAUUGAAAUGGUCAGUGUCAUGGCCAAUUGGAUUAGCGGACAGCAACCGCAAACUUUGGUCGAAGCUUCAAUGAAAAUAAAGAGUCGAUCACUCGCCGUGAUUGCGGGCUCUGUUGGCUCCGGAAAGUCAUCAUUGCUGCACCUUCUGCUAGGUGAGUUGCCGGUCGAGUCUGGAAGACUGUCGUUCUUCACUUGCAAAGACAGUGAGAAAUUGAGAAUCAGCAGUCGAGAUAUUCGCAUUUCGUACUCUGGCCAAGAUCCAUGGCUAUUCUCCGCCUCCGUACGUGACAACAUUCUCUUCGGCCAGCCGUACGACGAGGAACGCUACCAAGAGGUAACGGAAGCUUGUGCACUGGCUAAAGACUUUGAACAACUGCCCCACGGCGAUUUGAGCUUCGUUGGAGAAAGAGGAGCAUCGUUAUCAGGAGGUCAAAGAGCUCGAGUUAAUUUGGCUAGAGCCGUUUACCGAGACGCUGAUCUGUACUUACUGGACGAUCCUCUCAGUGCUGUAGAUACUCAAGUCAGUCGUCACUUGUUCAACAAAUGCAUCAAAGGCUUCCUAAAAGACAAGACCCGAAUCCUUGUUACUCAUCAGCUGCAAUUUUUAGGACAAGUGGAUGAUGUUAUCAUCAUCGAUCAAGGUAAAGUGAGGUGUCAGGGUACUUACGACGAAAUUGCUGAAACCAGCCUUUUCCGUGAAUUAAGUUCUCACGAACUGGGGGUACACGAAGUGGUCAAAGAAGCAGAAGAAGGUCGCGAGAAUGACACGGAUGACAUGGCAGCCGAUGUAACUGUAGGUUUCACCGAUGCAUUGCAGAAAGUUUCUAAGGGUACUGAAGAACCUGAAGAUUUGAACGAGGAGGAAAUCGAAAAAGGAACAACAUCAAUACAAGUAUAUAAGAGUUACUUUUUGGCAGGUGGUAAUCCGUGCACGCUGAUAUUACUUAUCGUAAUAUUCAUAAUCGCACAAGCAGUCACAAAUAUAAGUGAUUAUUGGCUGUCCUAUUGGACAGAUCACAAUUCAAUCGCAGGUGCACUGAAAUUGAACGCUUCUGGAAAUAAUGGUAACACGUCUUCCCAAAAUAUUGAUGCCAAAAAUACUACAGAGGUGUCUGCCCUUACCGAAUCACUGUGGUUCGAUAAAUCCGAAUUGCUAAGUACAAACGUCGCGAUUCAAGUCUAUACAGCAUUGAUUGUGACGAAUGUUUUAUUAAUUUUCGUGCGCAGUGUGUUUUUUAUAAGAACAUGCAUGAAAGCCAGUCGAAAUGUACACAACUCCAUGUUUUCCAACCUCUUGCGGGCUCCCAUGAGAUUUUUCAAUACAAAUCCAGCUGGCAGGAUUUUAAACCGUUUCUCGAAGGAUAUGGGAACUAUGGACGAAAUUCUGCCUAAAGCGAUGUUAGAAACAUGUCAGAUUCUCGCAGUCACAAUUGGAAUAUUUUCCAUCGUAAUCGUCGUCAUACCAUUGGCGGUUGUCCUUGUAAUCAUAAUAACUGGACUUGUAUAUUUCGUCACAAUCUUCUGCGUCAAAACCACCCAAGACAUUAAGCGGCUGGAAGGGAUCACCAAAAGUCCAGUGUUUUCACAAGUCAGCUCGACUCUGGAUGGUCUGACGACUAUAAGGAGCAGGGGCAGGUUAGUCGAAGUGAUGCUGCGAAAGGAAUUUGACCGUUAUCAAGACAAGCACACCAGCGCCUGUUACUUAACAAUAUCCACAUUGACUGCAUUCGGAUUUGCGAUAGACCUGAUUUCAUGCUUGUUUACAACCUGCGUCUGCUUAUCGUUCAUAUUCAUUGGCCCUAGAAACUUUCUCGGAGGGUCUGUGGGUCUUGUGAUUUCACAGUGCAUCAACUUAACUGGCUUAAUUCAGUUUGGAGUCAAACUAUGUGUUCAAGUGAUCUCACAAAUAACUUCAGUGGAGAGGAUUCUUCAGUAUACGAACUUGCCCAAAGAGGGACCUUUCACCACUGACAAGCCUCCUCCGGUCGAUUGGCCUUCUAAGGGUGACUUGGCAUUCAAUCAUGUCUCCAUGAAAUACGCUGACGCUGAGCCACCAGUAUUGAAGGAUCUUAAUAUGCACAUAAAUCCAGGUUGGAAGGUUGGAAUUGUGGGAAGAACUGGUGCUGGAAAAUCAUCGCUCAUCUCAGCGCUGUUUCGAUUGGCGGAAGACGGUCUGGAAGGGGAAAUACUGUUGGACGGAAUCAACACGAAGUCUAUAGGUCUGCGAGAGCUGCGCCCUUGCAUCUCGAUCAUACCUCAAGUGCCAGUAUUAUUCUCAGCAAGUCUUCGCUACAACUUGGACCCCUUUGAUCAGUACUCGGACGUUGAGUUGUGGGACAGCUUGCGGGAAGUCGAACUUGGCGAUGCCGUACAAUCCCUCGACUUUGAAGUUGCCGAGGGCGGAGCCAAUUUCAGUGUCGGGCAACGUCAACUUAUCUGCUUGGCCAGAGCCAUUCUGAGAAACAAUCGGUUACUCGUCCUUGACGAAGCUACCGCCAACAUUGACCGUAGUACCGACGCCUUGAUUCAAAACACCAUAAGACGAAAAUUCACCAAUUGCACGGUGUUGACGAUAGCCCAUCGUUUGAACACGAUUAUGGACAGUGACAGAGUCUUGGUCAUGGAGGGGGGCUGCAUUGUGGAAUUUGGUCCUCCGCAUUUGCUGUUGAAAAAUCCGAAUGGCUACUUUUUCCAAAUGCUACAACAAACGGGAAAGGCGACCGCGGAGAAACUUGCACAGAUUGCUGAAAGCUCCUAUACUAAGCUAGCUACGAAUACAACGAAGUAGCAAGUGAAAUAAAAAUUCUCAGCAGUGCAGUGGAGUGAUGAUGAGUUUAGAGCGAAACAAAGAAUACAGAAGCCUUGAAUCGUGGUUGCAUUAUUAUUGUUAUAAUUUACUGUCAAGAUUUACUGUGCUUACGAUUAAGGUUGUGCACAUAUUUCUAGCAAUAAUUGUCUUCUUCUCCUAUCGAGAAAUCCCUGAAAUACAUAGAAAAUUCGUCAGUAAUAUUCAUGUCAAAGACAUCGAACAUAAAUAAUUAAAUAUGCUCACAAUAUACCAGAA